UCUCUUGCCAGCAGAGCCCACCCUGCAGAACGCUCCUGCACGCCUUCCCCUGCAGCAGUGGUGGCUCAUCCCCGUUGCUAGAAUAAUACAGACACAAAUAAAGAAGGAUAAAUCCGUAUUUAAUUGUCCUUUUUUGGUUUGAACCACUCCAGAAAACAUGCGAGAGUGUAUCUCCAUCCACGUUGGUCAGGCCGGUGUCCAGAUUGGCAAUGCAUGCUGGGAACUCUACUGUCUGGAGCAUGGGAUCCAGCCUGAUGGGCAGAUGCCCAGUGAUAAGGCUCUGGGAGGAGGAGAUGAUUCCUUCAACACCUUCUUCAGUGAGACCGGAGCUGGGAAGCACGUCCCCAGGGCUGUUUUUGUAGACCUGGAGCCAACUGUCAUUGAUGAGGUGCGCUCUGGGAUCUACCGCCAGCUGUUCCACCCUGAGCAGCUGAUUACUGGUAAGGAGGAUGCAGCCAACAACUACGCCCGUGGACACUACACCAUCGGCAAGGAGAUCAUCGACUUGGUGCUGGACAGGGUCCGCAAGCUGUCUGACCAGUGCACUGGGCUCCAGGGCUUCCUGGUGUUCCACAGCUUUGGAGGUGGCACCGGUUCUGGUUUCACCUCCCUGCUGAUGGAGCGUCUAUCAGUUGAUUAUGGCAAGAAGUCCAAACUGGAGUUCUCCAUCUACCCAGCUCCCCAGGUCUCCACUGCUGUGGUGGAGCCCUACAACGCCAUCCUUACCACGCACACCACCCUAGAGCACUCUGACUGUGCCUUCAUGGUAGACAAUGAGGCCAUCUAUGAUAUUUGCCGUAGGAACCUAGAUAUUGAGCGUCCUUCCUAUACCAACCUCAACAGGCUGAUCAGUCAGAUUGUGUCCUCCAUCACUGCUUCCCUCCGUUUUGAUGGUGCUCUUAACGUUGAUCUGACAGAGUUCCAGACCAACUUGGUGCCCUAUCCCCGUAUUCAUUUCCCUCUGGCCACCUAUGCCCCGGUCAUCUCUGCUGAGAAGGCAUACCAUGAGCAGCUCUCUGUGGGUGAAAUCACCAAUGCCUGCUUUGAGCCGGCCAAUCAGAUGGUGAAAUGCGACCCACGCCAUGGCAAAUACAUGGCCUGCUGCCUUUUGUACCGUGGUGAUGUGGUGCCCAAAGAUGUCAAUGCUGCCAUUGCCUCCAUUAAAACCAAACGCUCGAUUCAGUUCGUAGACUGGUGCCCAACUGGUUUCAAGGUUGGCAUCAACUACCAGCCCCCCACUGUAGUUCCUGGUGGAGAUCUGGCCAAGGUCCAGAGGGCUGUAUGUAUGCUGAGCAACACCACUGCCAUCGCAGAGGCCUGGGCUCGUCUUGACCACAAGUUUGAUCUGAUGUAUGCCAAGCGGGCCUUUGUGCACUGGUAUGUGGGUGAGGGUAUGGAGGAGGGAGAGUUCUCUGAGGCCAGAGAGGACAUGGCAGCCCUGGAGAAGGAUUAUGAGGAGGUGGGAGUCGAUUCAGUUGAGGGUGAAGGAGAGGAGGAAGGAGAGGAGUAUUAAAAUAGACAAGAAUGGUCUGCAAACACUGCUGCAUGCACUUCCGGUUGUUGAUCCAUAAUAAAGGUUGAUUUCAAUUGA